CCUUCGAUCACCUGAAAAUGGCGCUCGAAUCCAGCGGUUCACCGAUCGUUUCGAGCGCUUUCUUGCACAACUUACCAUCAAAAUCGCAAGUUGAUUGUGCAGAAACGAAUGGCAAUUCACCACAUCUUUCAAGGCGAUCGCUGAAUGAGAUAGAGAACUCCGAGAAAAGUGGAAUUCCGUUGAAUACUCCAUGGACGUUGUGGCAUGACAAGUAAUCCACCGUAGCAAAUUAUUUUAUUCUUUUCUUCCCUGGUCGUUUUCGAGUCGUCUUCUUUUAUAUUGUUAUUUUCAGAUAUGUGCGUGGAGCUACGGCCGCAGAAUAUGCUGCUAAUCUUCGUAAAUUGUACACAGUAACGACGGUUCAGGUAUUUCUUAGUUAAGGUUAUUUUCGAUGUUGAAAAGAAAAGGUUUCAUAUAAGCUCAUAGGUUGCUAGUAAUUUGAGCUGUCAAACGUUGACAGCCGAAGGUUCCUGUAGCGCAAUAAUUACCAAAAGUCUUGAAAUGAGGGCAGCAUUUUGUACUUUUUGCUAAAUAAACCUAUUAUAAACAAGAGAAAGCAAAUCGUCGUAUGCAUUUGUAUGAAGUAGUCAAAAAAUAAAGCCAUAUAUCGAUAAUAUUUUCAAGACUCAAGUGUAGUGUUUUGACUGCAAAAAUGAAUAAAUUAAGGGUGGCAGACUUGUCAUUUUGUUUAUGGCGAUUGCACAUCUAUAUUCCUAGAAGAUGAAAACAUGAAGUUUUAUCAGUACUCGCACUUGAUAAAUGGACCAAAAAAGAAUUAUUUGAUUUCUUAAAGCUUAAAUAUAAUUAUGGCACAUUAAAGAUAUUGAUUUUUUAUGGGGUUCUGUCUAUAUGUCGACGUGUACGUACACCUGAAAAGGUAUAGAUUUCCUUUGUUAAAGAUUGUCGAUGUUUCAAUGUUCAGCUGCACAGGAAACUCGAGCAUCACCAAUUGUUGUGUUAUUGUUAAACUAUGUAUAUUAAAUAGAAAAUUCCAAGCUCAACUAAGAAUUUUUAUUUUUUGGGAAAUAAAACCACAUGUUCAUGCACAUGUGUGCAGCAUUACUUUCUGUUAUUGAAGGAUUUGGGGCUAUCAUGAGCUUCAGUUUAUGGAAAGGAUGUGUUACACCUUUUUUUUCUUUUUCUUAUCCUUCUCCUUUUUUUAAGCACUGAGGUUGGUGUGGAAUCUACAUGUCAUGUAAUGCAUAUGGUCCUGAAAUAGGACAAUAUCAGACAGUUGUGCAUGGCAACCAAAAGAUCAUUAGUUUUCAUAGUCCCAGAUGGGACUGCACUACUUUAAAUAUAAUUGACGCCAAAAAUGUUCUAGAAGACAUAACACAGAAAAUAACUCAACAUCUGCAUUAAUUUUAUUUCCUUGUCUGUGUUCGGUAAAUACACGUAGGACCCCAAUGGGCUCCUGUUUAACUUUCAUGUGCUUGUGCUUUAUGUGCCAACUUAGAUUGUAUCUUCUUGUUCCAUACAUGCCUUUGUUCUUGUUUUUCUUUUCUUUUCUUUUUUUCUGUUUUUUUUCCUCCUCUAGAGUUGAUGUGUAUAGUACAGCGUACAGUAUGUUUUCCUCUGCCCACCUUAACUUGCCGAGUUGCUUGGAAGCAGAGGAUAUUUAGAAUAUUUAAUUUAACAAAAACUGUGUGCAUAAUUCUAUCUUCUUUCUUUGUACAUUAUUGAAGGUUGGUAAAUUACAUGUACCCUCUUAUGUAUAUAUUAUUAUUUUAAUAUUAUUAUAGAGUUUCUGGAGUGUGUUUAAUAACAUCCCUCGCACCUCAUGUCUGGAUAUGAGAACAAGUUAUCACUUUAUGCGUGGAGAGAGAAAACCACUUUGGUAAGUUAAUAAAACCACUUUGUUGCAUAGUCUUUGCACAUACUUGUUGAUCUCCCUCACUUUCAACACAAGUUUAAAAGUCCCUCCCUUUUAGAUUAGGGUGCAAAACCAUGGGCCUCAUCUCUCAGCUCUCUCAUUUUUCUAAUUCUUGUGGGAUGUUAUAGAACCUACACUGCCGUUCAUAAACAGAAGGAGACAUAGACCCCAGUAGUAUGGUCAACCUUUAAACGUGUGCUUCGAUCUAUGGGCAUGUAUUGCUGUCAGUAAAAAACAGGUCUUGAUCUAAAUGAUAAUGAUGAUGAUGAUGGUAAUGAUGAUGACAAUGAUUAUGAUCAUGAUGAUGUUGAUGAUUUUAAUUGUUGUUUGAACAUCAACAGGGAGGACAAGGAAAAUGUUAAUGGUGGUUAUUGGAAAAUGAGGUGUGCCAAGCACAAUACAGUAAGUUUAAGAGUUAGCGUUUGCAAGAAUUUAAUUCACAACGGGUGCACUAGACCUAUAUUCACAGCAGAAAACAUCCUUACAGCUGUACAAUGUACAUGUAUAACAAAAAUCCCUACAAUCUUUUUCUUUUCUUCAAUUCUGUACCUACUUUAGGCAAGGUAAUUUUUAUUUGUUUACUUUUAUUAUCAUUAAUUUUUUAUUGAACAUUAUUAGUAAUUAAUAAUGCAUUAUUGUUAUUUUUGUUCUUCUUCUUAUUUAUUUAUUUACAAACUGUGUCUUUUAUUUAUUACAUAAUGGUAUCAUUUUUGUGUACAUGUAUGUCUCCAUAAUAGUAACAAUUUUAUAGAUAACCUGAACCUCUCCCAGUCUUUUGAUGUUGUUUAACUUUUUUCUUGUCAAUAGGAUAAAGUGUGGAAAGAGUUGCUUUUGGCAGCCAUCGGUGAACAAUUUGUUGAUAGUGUCAGACAAGGUAGAAAACAUUUUAAUAACAAAAACCACCCUUAUCAUAAUAAAAGUAGCUUUAUUAAGGUACGGAAAAUUAUUUUAUUGAAGAUAGUUCUUGACAGUAAGGGAAGGUUGUUAAUACAGUUUACCCAGUGUUUAAGAAAAAAGGUCUUUUUCUGUGUUGAUCCAUUUUCAAUUUUCCGACAAUGCUAGUUAAUCAUUUCUAAAGUUAUGAUGAAUAGUUUCUGUAAAGCAUAAAGCAUCUUUUCUAUAGACUUGAAAAACAUUUGUCCUCUUAAUUUAGCCCACUUAAAAACAGAUUGAGAGGAUCGAGUUAAAUAAUUUCUUUACAAGUAAAGUACACAAUUUAGUGAGAAUUCAUUAAAAUAAUGUAACCACCCAUGAGAUGAGGAUUGUCAAGAUUAUUCUGAUGUGCAUAUUAUAUUUCUAGCACAAAUGGAUAUGACUAUUGUUUCAAAUUUUAAAAAAAAUUUUGGUACUUUUUAGAUGAUGAAGUGUGUGGUAUCAGUGUUUCUGUGCGCGAAAGAGAUGACAUAAUUCAAGUGUGGAAUUCAAAUGCUUAUGCUGUUGAAGAUGCAACGGUAAAAUUUUGAUUUUGCCUGUCAUUUGAUUACAGCUAAUUGUAAAAUUAAUGAUAACUUGUACAUGUACAUGUACAUGUAGUCAUCUAUUAAUACUGAAUUUGUAUAAUUUAAGUAAUUUAUAUUUGUAAAAAGUUUUUUUAUUGCUGUGAUCAGUUGUCAUGCAUCAAAAUUGAAUCAUGUUUGCAGAGAAAAAUAUCCAUGCAGGCACUUAAUCUGAAUUGUUUUGUGUGUAUCAGAUAUUGGACAAAUUGAGGGACCUUGUACCGGAUGUUGACUUGUUUGAUGAUUUCUAUAAAUGUAAGAACAAUUUAAUUGUUAUAAUCUUUGUGAUUUGUGGCCAUUACUGUACUUGUAAUUUCAGUUGCCAUGCUUGUUGAGAGAUGGAGUUUUUAUGCGACCUUUGACUGUCUUGUAAUAAUAAAUUAUCUUAAUUAAUUUCUGUUUACUAUCAUUCUUUCCAGCACACCAAGCUCAUGAAGCUUUUGAAGGGGCGAAACCCAGGCCCACAAAGCCGCCUGGUUUUCCAUUUGGGAGGGACUGAAAUGUCCAUUCUCAAAGUUUCCUGUAUAGAGCUGUGAAGCAGAGUGGUUAGCCUGCGCAUUACCCAAGUUACAUCUUUUAAAAAUCACUGUUUUAUGCUUUAGUGUUGGGUAGCCUUUGACCGACUAUGAGAUGCAUUAUCAUGUUUAGUGUACAUUUGUUGCAAUUGAUCCUAUGCUGGGGUGCUUGGGUAGACUGUGUACAAAUGGUCUGAGGGUGACCCACGGACCACGCCCGCAAAGCAGUGGUUGAUUUGAAAUUUUCCAGCAAGCACCUCCUUUCUUCUCUGUAGGGAGGUACAGGGAAGUACCAUCAACCACCCUGUGGGGCCAAGCACUGAAGUUAACCCUUUAAACCCUAAGAUCAAAACUUGAAUUUUCGUUUGUUGCCCCCAUUUGUUUCCUACAGAAGUAGUGGGGAGAAGUUGAUAAAAUAUCAAGCAAAUUCAUCUUGUGUGAUCAUGUCAGUAAUUCUCAUAUGACCACUCUGUUUUACAAAGCAUUGAUGUUACAAGGAGAAAUUUGAUGCUGAUCACUCUUAUGGCUUAAAGGGUUAAGCACAUCGCUGCUUGAUAACACCCGUAUGUAUAUAAAUAGCAGUAACAGGAACCUCUGAUCAGCUUAACCUCAAUUGAAUUCAUGAUCGACUCGGUGAAAGUUCUGAGUAGUUGUAGUUGUUUUAGCUCAUAAAGCCGUUUAAUGGGCCUUUGUUUUCUGACUGUAAAUCAUAAAAAAGAUCAAAGUUAUUUGGCCUGUGAAAUUCUUUGUCAGACAAUUUGUUCCACAGAAAGAAAGUCAUACAACUUUAUUAUUGUUAAGCUAAACGUAUUGGCCUCAUUUUCUUGGUUUGUAAUGUAAGUUAAUUAGGGAUCCUUGUGUUUUGCUUCACCCUAGAGCCAUUAAUUAAGUGAAGAGGGUGAAGAAGAGGGUAGGCGAGAACUUGGUCCAUAACUUAUUUCAGUACAAACCUCACACUUAGCUAAGUAAGAUUUAUUUAUACACGUUACAAGUGUCUUUAUUAGUUAUAAAUGGGCUUGACUAUUUCUAAUUUCCCUAGUAUGUACUUAGAAUAUCGUUUUUACAUAAACAAUAAUUAUGUUAUAUAUUGCAUAACAUUAUGUAUAAAACUUUUUUAUUAAUGUACGGUCGGAUGAGGUUGCAUUUGUCUGUUGGAGAUGCAUGUAAAUGUAGGGAAACUGUAUAUACAUGUACAUGUGUGAUGCCAUUAGUACAGUAAUGAACAGAAAUUUUAUUUUUACAUUUUAUAUCCUAGUGAAUAAAUUAAUGCGAGAGUGGUGGAUGCUAGCAUAGAAUUGGCCUUCGAGCA